ACAAUUUUAAUCAGUCAUUCGUCGAAAUACACCCGAGCCUAGCACGUAAUUUCCCGCAUCGGAGCUCCGAGUUCUCAAAAGGAUGAAGUUUCUCACAUCUGUCCUUUCCUGCUUUGUUAUUCAUGCGAUGCUCGUCAGGUGUGCCCCCUUUCACGAGACAUUAGAUGAUGAUCCAGAUUUAAAUGACAGUAUUGAUUUAUGCGCUGCUGAAGUUGGUUUAUUAGUUGAAGAAACCAGGAAAAGUUUUAAUAUGCCUAUAGAAGCUCCUGGAAAUUGCGUAGUAGCGUGUGUGUGGAAAAAAAUUGGCCUGAUGGAAUUAGAUGGAAAAAUUGUUAAAGAAGAAAUGAUAUCGAGUCUCCAUCCGACUCUCAAGCAAAUGCCCAACAUAACUCCAAUCCACGAAGACGACUUCUACCAUUGUGUGGACGAAGCUAAUGAUUAUGAAGGUGGCUGCAUAGUAGUCUCGGAAUAUUUCAAAUGUAUAAUAAGGGAUUUAUUUAACCAACUGUCUAUAUAAAUAACACCAUACAAAGACUCGACCAUAACUGACUUAUAUGAUUUUUAAAUAAAGUAAGUUUUUAGCAUUGAUCAAA